ACAGAUUGCUUGGUUUUAGAGAAUAACUGACGGUGGGUGCAAGAUGCUUUCGUCAAGAUUGCUGCGUAUUGCGAACAACCAGCCCGAGUCCUGGAGAUGGAUUUCCCUCCCAGGCUCAAGAUCUGCCGAAUGUGCGGAGCUCCUAAGUGUGUACUUCCUCGCGGUCACUGGAGAGGUCAAACCAAGGGACCUGUCUGCAGGGAAAAGCUACUCGGUUUACCUAGUGUACAAGCUGGCGACCAACACAUCUGGUAUAAAAGGUUAUGUGCAGUCGUCGUCGCUCAGGCUCUACGGGGAGCACAUCGUCGCCACCAACAAGGUUAGUCUCGACCCUGAAACGCACAUGUCGGUCAAUGAUGUUAUCUACCCUAUCACGAGGGGCGAUGGCUGGUUGGAGCUUAAGUUGGCGGACUUCGCAAACGAUGACGAGAUGCUACAAGAGAAGGGGGUGAUCGUGGAUCUCCGUGAUGAGGACGUCACCGUUGAGAAGAGAGGACUCAUCGUGGAGGGUAUGGAGUUCAGGAGCAACUAGCUGCACGCACCAGAUAUGUCAUUUGUGGCAAUGCUAUAUAUUCAUGUAUUGAUGUGUAAUAAGCCUAGACUCGCAAACAUUCAUUAAGUGGCUAAGUCCAGAAGUCAGCGAUCCGUUCAUUUGCACGGACUGUAUCAAAAUAUUAUGGCAUUUUUAAAUACUAUUUGGUUUUGCUAA